ACGCGAAGACUCCGUCUACUGCCAAGCGCACCGCCGUAUGCGGACAGUGACCAACUACUUUCUGGUUAACCUUAGCGUAUCGGACCUCUUGAUGUCUUUACUGAACUGCAUCUUCAAUUUCAUCUUCAUGCUGAACUCGGAUUGGCCGUUCGGAGCCAUAUACUGCAUCGUGAACAACUUUGUGGCCAAUGUGACUGUUGCUGCUAGCGUGUUCACGCUUGUGGCCAUCUCCAUAGACAGAUACAUGGCCAUAGUGCGACCGCUGCAGCACAGUUUGUCAAAGCGUCGAGCCAGACUCGCUCUGGUUGUUAUCUGGCUGGCCAGCGGAUUGCUCGCGGUGCCCUGUCUACUCUACUCUACAACCAUGACAAGGAGGUACGCCAACGAACAGACAAGGAUUUUGUGCUACAUGCAAUGGCCAGACGGCAGAUACCCAACAUCCAUGACGGAAUAUAUGUACAACCUGGUGUUCCUGGGCCUCACAUACCUGGUGCCUGUGAUAGCAAUGGCAGUCUGUUACACCCUCAUGGGGAGAGAGCUUUGGGGAAGUCGAUCCAUAGGGGAGCUCACUCAACGUCAAGUAGACUCCAUCAAAUCCAAAAGGAAGGUAGUGCGGAUGUUCGUAAUCGUGGUGUCCAUAUUUGCGUUCUGCUGGCUACCGUACCACGGUUACUUCAUCUACGCCUACCACAACAACUCGAUCGUGGCAAGUAGCUAUGUGCAACAUAUGUACCUGGCAUUCUACUGGCUCGCUAUGUCCAAUGCAAUGGUCAAUCCUCUCAUCUACUACUGGAUGAAUAACAGGUUCAGAAUGUAUUUCCAGCGGAUUGUAUGCCAAUGCUGCUGUUUCCGUAGGAAAGGGAGAGACAGCAUAGAACUCCGACCAACGAAACAAAACAGUCACUCUGACUUAGCGCGAUCUAGGUCGGAGAAGUUCAGAGAUCAGGUACGAGGGUCAUCAGUCCACUGGCGGCGACGCACUGAGGAGACACAGGUGCGUCACAUCACAACAUCCGCUCCUUGCAGCAAUGGAGUCAUUGCUGGGGUCAGUUUCUCAUGACCUUCCCCCAGUCACAACUUUCUCCAUCGGCCAGUCAUCAACUCCGUAUAGUGUACACUGUGCAACCUUACAGAGGUUGAUUCACUGGAUACUAAAGAGUGCUGUGAUACCUUGUUACCACACGUACCUUAUUUUGUGUGAAAUGUUACAUGUAUCGAAUGCAUGUUCGCAUGUUAAAUUCUGAAUUCUUUUCGAAACGAGUGAAUAAUUCUCAUGAAAGUCGCUAUGAAUCUCGUGCUUUUAUAGGUCAUCACGAAAUCUUACUUUUACUUGCUUUGCAUCAAUAUAUGACAAAAAGGGUGGCGAACUUCUGAGGUGGGAGAGAUAAAAUAUACACCAUUAAGUCUGUAUUGCUUAGAAGAUACUGGUUUUAGUACCUCUAGAGUUCUUUGUAAAAUUCAGUAUCUUUUGCCUCAAGAACUCAUUCUCGUUACUCAUUUCUGGCAUAGUGUGUUUCCGGUUACAAGUCAAGACAAUUCAGUUUCCACUUAUAUAUGCAAGGUAUUUUGAAAGUGGAAAUUGAAAAUACAUGAAUAUUAAAUGAUAGGGGGAUACACAGAUAUAACCACAUACUCUCCUUUAAUAAGAUAAGGACCGAAUAGGAAAUUACUCUUCAAACAAUUUUUCUAUUGCUACAUAUAUUCGUUGCCGUGGGAAUGUUUUUAUCGAACCGUUGCCUAGUACUGAAUUGUGGGAUACAAUUGACCGAACAGUUGCCUUGCAACGAUAGGAGGCAUACAUAAACAGAUACAAAGACUGAUGGGAGGGAUUUAUGAAGUACGCCGUUGAUAUUGGCUCAAUUGCCAUGAUAUACAUACCAAGUUUCAUAAAGACUGAUUCAAGCAUUCAAAAGUUGAUAAGUAUACUGAACCACAAAGAGGAGGAAUAUUACUAAGCCUACUCUAGGAAGGUAGACUAUUAAUACUAAAGUGGCGUUCACGUAAAACUUUGCAGAAAGAGUGACAAUAAUGUGCCACUUCAUGCGGGGUUCUAGAAUUUUGUAUAAUAACUGGUAAUUAAAAAUCACAUCAUGGCGGCCACCUACAUUCUGUAUUUAGCUUCCAGAGUGAUGGAUAUAAAUGAUGAACCACUGGAGCUGCGAUCGUAAAAGUUUCAUGCGUAUAGCUCGUAAAUCUUGACUCUACUUGCACGGAUACAAUAGGAAACUGGUUACAAAAUUGUGUAAAAUAUUAAUAUAUAAUAAUAAUAAAAUAUUAAUUUGCAAGCCACAAUUGAAAAUAGAUGACUUCGGAGAUGUUUUUAAUUUUAAGGUACUUUUAACAUCAUUUUUACAUAAAAUGUAUCUGUGCUUGUUUCCCUUACAAAUAUAACCAUGAAGAUGUCAUCUUUCUGCUUGUAGCCCUCAGAUGAGUAGCCAUGAUAUUUGUCACUAUUUUUCCAACUGCAGUCGUUUUAAGCAACCACAGUUUUCCUUCUGUAUCGAGUUUCCUCUGCUAUACUUUGUUUCAAGUAUCCACAGUUUCCCAUCUGCAUACCUGGUUCGGCAAACAAUGGCACUCCUUUUCAUUUUCAAUUACUGCAGUUUUAAUUGUUUAUGCAUAAAACAAACAGGCACUUCAUCACCAAGCAGUCUUCAUUUACUAGCGACAGGGCUAUAAUAAUAUCUGAAGUCAGUUUUAUGACUUUCCUAUUCCAAACAGCCCUCCUUUCUGUAAAAAUAUUUUAUAUUGCUACAUAUAUGCAUUACUUUAAACAUAUUUUGUGUAAUUUUUGUGUUUUUGCUGAAAGGGCCAGGAAUAUAAUUAAGUUUGCAUGAACAAAAGCAGCGGCCGAGUUUCCUCUAAUCCCCAAAUGCGAAGUCUGAUCUACUCCCCAAGUUCUCUUCAGGCCUUUGUCCUCCCAACUGCAGUGUUUUCAGGAAUGGAUCUUAUAAUAUUUGGUGAGAAAUUCUUCAAUACCUGUUAGGAAUAUUGACCUCUUCUGAGUCGAGAUUUAGUGUUAUGCAUGUAGCUGUUAGAAAUUUUUCAAUCCUAAUCAAACCAUCGAACAAAGUCUCGAAAAAAAGAAUCUGAGGUGAGCUGGAUCCGAAACUAUGACCCCAAUUUUUAGGAGUGUGUGCAACUUAAUUUACUUGAGUAGAUACAACACAUUAUCAGACGACCCAUAGCUAGGUGGCAGGAAGUCGGAAACAGGCCAAUGGCCUACACCCAAGAAGAGGAAGAAGAGGAGGAGAAGGAGAAAGAGAAGAAGAAGGAAGAAGAG